AUGUUCUGCUCCAUCAGUCUUGCUACUUCUCAUCUCUUCAAUAUUGAUUCUUCCCAGCUAAGCCCUAAGGCCCUAAGGCCUUUUCGAUGUGCGAUCAGCCAUAUUGAUUUUCUGAGGUGGCAGUGGCAGGACAAAAAAGAAGAGAAGUGGAGCGAGCAUCGAUCCCGGGCAACAGGUUCGAACCGGGACUGGCGGGAGCCUCACAUCGUGGAACUUCAGAAAGGAAAGUUUCUUGAAAACGUCAGUCUGCUCCAGUCUUUGCUCCUCCACGCCUUUUUUGGCGCCUUCUCUGCGCCUCUGUGGCAGUGGCAGGACAAAAAAGAAGAGAAGUGGAGCGAGCAUCGAUCCCGGGCAACAGGUUCGAACCGGGACUGGCGGAAGCCUCACAUCGUGGAACUUCAGAAAGGUAUUCGACAAGCAAUGCAAGGUGAUCAAUGUUCUGAGGUGGUCAUCACGGAAUUCAUGGGCAGAACAGCGCGGCAUAUCCGGAUCCCAAUGAUCCGAAGUAUCGCAUUGAUUGGGAUGCUUUUCUCGAAGAGUCUCAGUGCCUCAGCAGAAACCUGGCACAUUUGCACCAUGGUGGAACGCAUGUCCCGCGAUGAUUCGGUAGCGCUGAGUGAGUACUUCCUGCGCACAGAACGCUGUCAGGAAGUCUUGCAAAAGCAAGGCAUGGUUGGUGGAAGCCUCAAAAUUGGGACAGCAGAGUCCAGUAAACUCGGACAGGCUUUGCGGAACCAAUCUGCACAAGCGGAGAGGCAUGCGCUUGAGUUGGCCUUGCUUCGAAAAGAGUUGGAGAUUUGCCGCAGUGAGGCAGCUGCCCAGAUCCAGGCACUCCGUGAAGAGCUCCGGAGUAUGGGACUGGUGAAAUUGGAGGCGCGAAACAGAGUUGAGCAAAAGAAAUUGCGAAAUUCCGUGUUCCUUGGAACCUCAGAACUAGACGACGGAUGGCCCGAGAGCGUAGAGGAGCAGGGUCUUCUCUUGUUAGUAUGGAGACACAAUUUUAGAAACAAUAUAUGA